CCGCUACAGUGAGUUCACUCUCUUUGUUAAUGGCUACAUGUGCGCCAUAGUUACAUAGUAGGCACGCAUACAGUAAGUCAAUAAUGUUGUUCUGUCCUAUCUGGCGAUGAAGGCUAUACUUGUCUCACAGUUUGUGUCCGACCCCUCCACUCUCCGCCCCUCGACGGUGCCAACACCCUCUCCCGAGCCAGACCAAUACCUCGUCCACAUCACGCAUUGCAGCCCGCAACAUGCAGACAUUCUCCACGCUCAAGGUAAACACCAGAACAACAACGCUAAGCGAGGGUGGUGCUUUCCCCCCUUCAUCCUCGGUUAUGACUUCGCUGGUGUCAUUCAGUCUGCGCCUGCAAACAGAAUCGGGCGUCUAAGAGAAGGCGAUCGGGUGUUUGGAGCUGCCAUUGGCGCUUUUGCAGAGUACAUUUGUGUCACAGAAGCUGCUAUUAGAAAGGUGCCUGAUGCCUUGAGUAACGAAACAGCAUGCGCAAUGUCUGGACAAGCCGUCAGCUAUGCGGCUGUUGUGCACAUUGCGAAAGUGAAAGCCGGAGACACCGUACUCGUCAGCGGAGCAAGUGGCGGCUUGGGCAGCGUUUGCUGCAUGGUCGCGAAAGCUAUAGGGGCUCGAGUGAUCGCUCUUGCCGGAGACGUGGGAAAGGCAGAACACAUGCGUAGGCACAUGGACGUGGAUGAGGUGGUUGUUAUGCAACACGGCUGGGCCCAGAAGGUGAUAAGCUUGACGGACGGACGUGGUGUGGACGUUGUUCUGGACAACAUUGGUAUGGUAAACGAUGCUAUCCGCUGUGUAGCGUACUUUGGCAGAAUAGUUAUACUGGGCUUUGCGGCACGAAAGGGUGUCAUGGAGGAGGUCAAGAUGAACAAACUUUUGCUUAAGUCUGUCACUGUGACCGGGUAUAGGUUCGGCGAGAGCGGUCGACGGUAUCCGGACGAGCUGAAACGGAUAUGGGACGGUUACUUAGGCAUGCUGCAGCAAGGCCAGGUGAAGCCGGUCUUAUAUGGCAAGUACAACGGACUCCAAGACGUCGGCAUUGCGUUAGCGGACCUGGCCAACCGCAGAGUGUACGGCAAGGUCGUGGUGAAAGUCGCAGACGCUUACGAGGGAGCGAGACUCUGAACGCUCUAUCACUGGACGAUAAACCCUGCGGAUAAUAACAACAAACGGCAUUCAAGUUCGACGACUCGUAGGCGUAUCGCAACCUGCAUGUCCUCGAGCCGCGCGCGCUAGAGCGCUAUUAUACCCGUAGUGCUCAUCCGCAUGGACUGGCCGAAGAGCGAUUUUGUAGGGACCCUGCGCGCGCAGGCGGAAGCGCGCAACUUUGGGCAUCAGCGGGAGGACGUUGCUAGGUUGGUAAAGAAGUUGAGGGAUAAGCACCCGGCCGUAUUCCAUCUGCUGCCGGAUCUUAGGCCGUUAAUAGAGAGGUAUAGAGACGUCGGCGAAGGAGAUUGAAGAGCUAGCUAGUAUACGGCGAGUUAGCCCGUAGACAGGUUUAGAUAUAUAUAGCGCCUAUCUACGGAC